GAGGAAUGGAUCGGCAGCUGGAGUGCACUCCUACAAUCCCUCUGUGAGCAGCACGCCCUCUCCUGCUCCACCACUCCUCUCAGCUGUUUCCCUCCCCCCGGUGCCCCCUCUGCUCGGAUAGAUGCGUGCGCUCCAGGUGUCAGGUAGACCCUUCAGUCACUCAGGACGGUCAAGUCAGCCGCGUCAUAGCGUUUGAAGCUCGGGGAGCGGGAGAGGAGCCGAGGGCGCGGAGAGGCGAGCUUUUGCGCGGACUUUUCCGUCCCCGUCCUUCAUCUGUCUGCAGCAGACUGACGCUUGACUGACGCUUGCACUGAAGUGACAUGCGAGCAUUGAUCGGGGCGCAGAAGUCGUAGAUGAACUGCGCGCACACAUCCUGCAGGUUCAGCCUAAAGCCGCGGCGCUCCGGUAAAGAAGUCUUUACCAAGGACCGAACAUGAAAUCCACGAGUCAGGAUCAGAGUUUGUCAGACUCCAGAGAGCUGGACAGAUCUUACGAUCCGCUCACAGGCAAUCCUCCAUCCAGGCCCAGUAAGAAGACCAUAAAGCAGCGCUUCCUCAAACUGCUGCCCUGCUGUCGCUCUGGCUCCAGCUCUUCAGUCAAUCAAAGAAGUAUAAUUGAUGAGUCUGAGCUGGCCACGGUGUGGUAUAGGCCGGAGGGACUCGACCGUCUUGUGCAGCAGACAAAUUUCAGCAAGAAAGAGCUGCAAGUUCUCUACCGGGGAUUUAAAAAUGAGUGUCCAAGCGGCUUGGUGAAUGAGGAGACGUUUAAAAGCAUCUACUCCCAGUUCUUCCCUCAGGGAGAUUCAGGCAUGUACGCACACUUCCUGUUUGAAGCCUUUGACACUCAUAACAACGGGUCGAUCAGCUUCGAGGACUUUGUCACAAGUCUGUCGAUCAUCUUGAGAGGCUCCAUCACCGACAAACUCAACUGGGCCUUUAACAUGUACGACCUCAACAAAGACGGCUGCAUCAGCAGAGAGGAGAUGACAGAUAUAAUGCACUCCAUCUAUGACAUGAUGGGGAAGUACACCUACCCCUGCAUGAAGGAGAGCGCUCCGAAGGAGCACGUCGACAGCUUCUUCCAGAAAAUGGACAAGAACAAGGAUGGAGUGGUCACCAUUGAGGAGUUCCUGGAGAUGUGCCAAAAGGAUGAGAACAUCAUGCAGUCCAUGCAGCUGUUUGACAACGUCAUCUAGACAUUGAUAGACACACAUGGAAGAGAUAUUUCCCACCUGCCAGAGCUCUACUGCAGUCAUACGGCUCCGAGCCACGUUGGGUGGUGUUUCUGGGCCUAAACCCAGCGGUGGAGGGUUCAAAUGGCAAAGACCUGAUGAUAUCUACCCUAAAAACACCCCCUCUAAACUUCUGUCAGUGGAGAGACUGGGCAGAGCGACUCAAGUCUGCAAAAUGUGAAACUGAAUUUUUAAAUAGUUGUAGAAAAUAAUGUUUUAAAAUGAUGGUUAAAUGGUUGUUUUAUAUACUGAAGAGAGACUGUACAGACACCUGGAACAAAUGAGAUACAUGUUGUACAGUAUCAAGCACUUUCUUUACUCAAACUUAUCCUAUAAUGAGGGACAGGUCUAAGUUCGAAGCAAUAAUCCUAAAGUAACAUGUUAUAAGUUCUUCACUGAGCUCGUCUCUUCCUUUCAUUCUUCUACAUGGUGUGUAUUGUGUCUGUAUGGUGUAUCUGUUUUGACUCAGAAAUGUUGAAUUAAAGUGUUAAUAUGUGGACAUAUUUACAAUGGUGAUGAGGAAACUCAAUAAAACCGCUAUGCACAUGC